AUGCUCGCUGAUUUUCUCGAGGCUCAUCUCCCCUCCCUUCCCCGUCAUUUACAUUCUUAUGUACCAGGCCAGACACCCCUUUCGACUACGUCUUCGGUCCUUGCGACAUUAUUGUCGUAUCUCGUCACUAUCUUUGGUGUUCAGGCCAUGAUGAAAAAUCGCGCCCCUCAGAAGCUCAACACUCUUUUCCAAAUGCAUAACGUUAUUCUCAGCGGCGGCAGUUUCAUUUUGCUCGUUCUCAUGGCAGAGGAGAUUUUGCCAAUUUUGUGGAACAGGGGUAUUUUCAACGCCAUCUGUGCUGAAGAGUCCUGGACACCGCGAAUGGAAUUUUACUACAUGAUCAACUACUACUUCAAGUAUCUUGAGUUGAUUGACACGCUAUUCCUCGCGUUCAAGAAGAAACCUCUGGCGUUUUUGCAUGUUUUCCACCACUCAGCGACCGCUUUACUCUGCUACUCCCAGCUCAACGGGAAAACCAGUAUUUCAUGGACUGUUAUCUCCCUGAAUUUAACUGUGCACGUCUUAAUGUAUUAUUAUUAUUACGCAACUGCUGGCGGCAAGAAAAUCUGGUGGAAGAAGUACUUGACGUUGAUGCAAAUAAUUCAGUUCGUCAUUGAUCUCUUUUUGGUGUACUUUGGAACCUACCAGCAUUUCGUCUUUGCUCGUCGUAAAGACCUUCCGCACUUCGGGAACUGCGCUGGGGCGGAAAGCGCGGCUCUCUUUGGCUGUGGACUUCUGACUAGCUAUCUCUUCCUUUUCAUCAACUUCUAUUUCCAAACGUAUAAGAAGACCGCCAAGGUAUCUAAAGGUAAUGGUGUCGCUAACGGAAACGGGAAACUGUAUGUCUUCUUCUCCUCAAUUCCCUGCAUCGCGGCCGGUUACUGA